CCCUGACCCGGACACCCACCACGAUGCAGUCCUUCGCCGUCUUCUGCGGCUCGGCACCCGGCAGCGCGCCCGAGUAUCUGGCUGCGGCGCGCGAUGUCGGCACGGCGCUGGCUCAACAACAACGACGCCUCGUGUACGGCGGCGGCGAGCGCGGCCUCAUGGGCGCCGUCUGCUCCGCCACGCUCUCCUCGGGCGGCGCCGCACUCGGCGUGCUGCCGCGCAUCAUGGUGAAGGCGCCCACUCGCGGGCCCAACGCCGCAGCGGGCACCGGCUCAGCAGAGGGCGCCGGCCCGAUGCAGCUCGACAACGGCACCGAAGGCACGCAGCGCCUCACCACCGUGCUCGUGCCCGACAUGCAUGCACGCAAGCUGCGCAUGGCCAACGAGAGCGAUGCGUUCUUGGUGCUGCCCGGCGGGUACGGCAGCUUCGAGGAGGCGUUUGAGAUGAUCACCUGGACGCAGCUUGGCAUCCAACGAAAGCCCGUCGUGUUCCUGAACGUCAACAAUUUCUACGACCCGCUCCUUGCGCUGGUUGAGCGCGGCGUUUCUGAAGGCUUCAUCACGUCCGCCGGACGGGCGCUGAUCACGCUGGUGUCCGAGGCCGAUGCCUCUUCAGCGGGCAGCUGGGGUGCCGCGGCCAUUCUCGCCGCCGAGAAGCUCGGUCCCGAGAUCCAAGCUGCCGGCUCGGGCUACUGGAACUGGUCUGCCUCUCAAAACGGCGCAAAGCAGCCUGCAGACGUGACGCAGCUGGCAUCCGCAGAGCGGGCUGUCGAUGUCAAGGACCUGACGUUUGCAUUCACGCAAGAGCGAGAGCCGGCGCUGGUCGACUGCAACCUCUCCCUCUCGCGCGGCUCGCGCUGCCUCCUGAUUGGCGCAAACGGCGCUGGCAAGUCUACGUUGCUGCGUCUGCUGGCUGGCAAGCGUCUGCCUGGACGGGAUGCGCACGUGCGCGUGUACGGCAAGGAUGUCUUCCACGAUGCGCCGCGCGGCAUCGUCUAUCUCGGCACGGAGUGGGCCAUGAACCCCGUGGUUCGCGGCGACAUUCGCGUCUCGCACUUUCUCGACUCAGUCGGGGGCUUCCGACACAAGGCGCGUCGUGAUCGCCUGCUCGACAUUCUGGACGUCGACAUCUCGUGGCGCAUGCAUCAGAUCAGCGACGGUGAACGCAGACGCGUGCAGCUGACGAUGGGCUUGAUGGAGGAGUGGGACGUGCUGCUCCUCGACGAAGUCACGGUCGAUCUCGACGUGCAGGUGCGCGCGGACCUGCUCAAGUUCUUGAGGAGCGAGACGGAGGAGAGAGGCGCCACCAUCAUCUACGCGACGCACAUCUUCGACGGCCUCUCCUCGUUCCCGACGCACAUUCUGCACAUGCAAAUGGGCCGCACCACCUCGUCCAUGCCCAUCACCUGGCCUCCGCGCGCCGACGGCGUCUGUCAAGAUGCGCUGCCCGUGCUGGACGAGAGCGGCAGCGAUGCCGAUGCGCUCUCCGAGGGCGAGCGCGGCACACUGCUGCCGACGGCGCUGGCGUGGCUGCGUGCGGAUCGCGAGCUGCGCAUCAAGACGGAGAGAGAGAGCGGCAAUGUCAAGCGAGGCGCGAAGGCGGGACAGGUAGAUACCGACAGCGAGACGUUCUACAAGAAGUACGACUACAACAACUAGAAAGCAGAGCAUGCGCAUCGUAGAGGAUGACUCGCAAAUGCAGCAUCUCGAGCACACGCAGGCGCGCGACGACGUGAUAGGGUAUCAGUUGAGAGUAAGGGUUCUACAUGGCGUGUGACGGGGGAAGCAGGUGGCUA